AUGUCGCGCCUCUUCAAACUGAAAAAGGGACCUGCUGGGAAGGAAAAAUUGAUACCGAAAAUCACUGAAUUUGAAGAACAGUUGAGAGUUGCACAGAAUGACCCAAUGUAUGGAAGAAGACGGAAUGAGACGACGUGGGAUGUCAUCAAGAACAACUACGAAAGAAGCAAAUUUGUAUAUGAGCAAUACACACAACAAGAGAUCAGUAAAGAGCUCUACGAUUAUUGUGUUAAGAAUGAUAUCAUCGAUGGGAUGCUCAUUGCUAAAUGGAAGAAACCCGGGUUUGGGCAUUUAUGUUGUUUGAAGUGCUUAAGACCAAAACAGGGGAGCAACAGCGUCUGCAUUUGUAGAGUCCCAGAAGACGAAAGAGACAACGACAAUUAUGUGAGAUGUGCGAACUGUGGGUGCACUGGAUGUGCGAGCAAAUCGAAGUGUAAAGACGAAGACAAUGAUGUUGAAAAUACUGAAAAUGAAAAGGAAGGGUGUUGUGGUGACACAAAGAUGGAAGAAGUUAUUCCAACAGAAGAAGUAGUGAAGGAAGUUGAGCACAAAAAGGAAGAAGAACUUAAAGAACUGAAAAGGGAUGAACUUGACAAAAAGGAUGUCGAAGAGUUACAAAAAGAGGUUCAGCAAGAAACCGAAAAGUUGGAAAAGGUCGACAACCAAAAGGAACAGCCUGCAAAUGACCAAGAAGAGGAAAUUGCUGUUCAAACAAACUUCAAAAAGUUUGGGAAGAAGUGA